CAAAUUUUUAACCUUCUUCUCUUGAUGCAUACACACCGAAGACAAAAGCGGCAAACUACGUGGUUACCACUUCAUCUAGCCAGCUAUCUUCGGUGCAUCUUUCUUCGCCACAUUUGCGCAUAGAAGCUAGAACGGUCUUAAAUGACGUGGCCACUGAUCGACUUGCGGACCACACCGCAUGGGGGACGUUCUCUCUUUGCUGUCCAGCCCAUUGCCCAGGGGACCAACAUAUUUGCAUGUGAAGCUCCUUUUGCGCAUGUGAUUUACAAAGAUUAUCGCAGGGAGGUCUGUGCUCAGUGUUUUGCUUACGCUGCAAGUACUUCACGAAGUAUUGACGAUUCACGGACUUGGAGUAUCAGGAGCUGCAGGGCAACUGCAGAGACUGUUUGGUUCUGUACCGAUGAAUGCAAGGUCACAUGGGAAAGCGGGGUGAUAGGUCCCUUGACUGCCGAUGUCAAUGCUCUUCUUGGCAAAGCAAAGAUAGCUACUCGGAGGAAUUCCGCCAGGGACGACUACGAUCCGAUACUGCCAAAUGGUCCUACUGCACAAAUCACGCAAGACUACAUCGACAAAGCAUGGGCGGAUGUCGAGGAUUUGGUUUCCUCUCGUGCUCGUCUCUCUGCGUACUGCUCGACGAUGAAUUUAGAAGAUAUGGAACUCGAAAUAUCGCGCUCAGUUGCGUCAGCCAUUGUCCAGCGAUAUGUAUUUGAUCACCGUCUCGCCAGUUUCGCAGUUUCUUCGAUAAUAUCCACCUCAGAUCCAUGGGCAGAAAUUCUUGAUCUCCAGAGCAGCGAGCUCUCGAAUGUUAGCGUGCGGCCUUACAUUCUCGCGGCGCAUCUACGCGUAUACGCUUUUUUGUGUCAUUCGCUUCCGAAACAUCUCAGAUUGUACGUUCCUACGGCCCGAUAUAUCCUUGCGCGCGACACCGGGAAUGCUUUCGGCAUUUGGGAUGGAGAUAGCAGAGAUGAAAUGCUCGGAUGGGGCCUUUGGGCAGGCGCGAGUUAUUUUAACCACAGUUGUUACCCAAAUGUCAAAAAGACGCGUGUUGGACGUACCAUGCACUUCACCACCUCUCGCUCAGUCGAGAUCGGCGAGGAGCUUUGCAUUAGCUAUAUCGAUACCAAUCAAACCAUUACGCAGCGCAGACAGGAUCUAGAAGAUAGCUGGUUCUUCAAGUGCCGGUGCCAGCGUUGCCAAUCAGAAGAACCUGAUGAGGCACCUCCGUAUCGAUGUGCCUUUUUACAGAGACGCAGCCAAGUCUUAGAUGUUGGUGUUUGUGUGCGUACAUAGUUGUGACACUGUGGGGGGUUGAAUGGAUUUCAUGAUGUUGAAUAGAUUUAUUAGUAAGUAUGUACAAGGACUCACCGGUCACCUUCGGUCUUUUACAGGUGUGAUUGUUGAUAUUGAAUCCGUGAUAGCGCCUAUCAAUCUGAUACCUGCUUCCGUUUUGAAGGCCGACAACGCCGUGAAAUGAAGCAGAGGUCGCUCAUAGUAAUGAGCAAAGAGCUGCACAAAGGAGAC